AUGGCAGGUUCUCAGCUUAAGCAGUUGAAAGAGGCGCUCAAGUCGAAAGGCUUGAUUGGCCAGACUAAUGUCAAGAAGAAGAAUAAGAAGCAGAAAACAGCUUCAGAAACCAGAAGAAAUGAUAAGGAACAGGUUAUUGGGGAUAUUAGAACUCAGUUCAACCAGUUUGACCAGAGAAUUAAUAGAACAAAACAUGAUGUGCUGAUUAUCCAAGGAGGAAAGUUUGUCAAGCUUGGCUCAAAACAGCAUAAUGAAGCUGUAAGAACCCAUUCCACAGUGCAGAAAACCAUGAAGCUCCAGUACGAAUUAGAGAAAAAGGGACAUGGAAAGACUGGGGGGCUUGUAGACAGAAGAUUUGGAGAAAACAACAAGCAUUUGAGUGCUGAAGAGAAGAUGUUGGAGAGAUUUACACGAGAAAGACAAGCUUCGUCCAAAAGGGGAAAUAUGUUCCUGAUCGAGAGCGAUGACGAUAAUGAUGAUUUUGAAGCUGGUGGGUUCACUUUGACCCAUGGAGGUCGUGCUUUGACUUUGGGCGAUGGCGAUGAAGCUGCAUUGUCUGAUGAAGAGACUAGCUUAGGCGCUGGCAAGACCAGAUAUGUUGACGAAGAUCAAAUGGAGGAAGAAGGACAGCCUGCUCGUAAGAAGACCAAGAAGGAAGUGAUGAAGGAAGUUAUCGCGAAGUCCAAAUUCUACAAGCAUCAAAGACAAACGGAAUUCAAGAAGACGCAGGAUGAUAUCGAAGACUUGGACGAAGACUUUGGUGACGUAAUGCAAGAAAUGUAUAACGUGAAGCAACCUACUGCUCCUAAGUUUCUGACCAAAACCCAGGAAGAAAUCGACUACGAUAACAAAGUAAGAGAAUUGACGUAUGAUAGAAGAUCUGUCCCAGCAGACAGAACUAAAACCGAUGAAGAGUUGAAGAAAGAACACGAGGAAAAAAUGAAGAAGUUGGAAGCAGACAGGUUGAGAAGAAUGACCGGUUUUGUAGACGACGAUAGAGAUGCUGAGGGUGAUGACUUGGACGACGAUUUCUGGGCUGGAAGUGACGAAAACGACGAAGAUGGUUUUGCUAUUAAGGAAUCUGACGCUGAAGAAAGUAAUGAAGAAAAUAGCUCUUCUGGAGAAGAAGAAGAAGCAACCACUAAAAAUUUUGGCAGAACUCUUCCUGUAAAGAAACCACAGGUUUCUAUUCCUAGUAAUCAUCAAGAAUUCGUCAAAGCUCUUGUAGAGAUUGAGGCUGAUAGACAGCCUGCCUAUGUCAAGAAGAUUGUUGAAGUGUACAAGCCCAACUUGGCUGAAGGAAACAAGGACAAAAUGAACAUUUUUGUGGGUAUCUUGUUCGAGCACUUGUUGUUUUUAUCUAACCAAGAUGAACCCAAUUCUAUCCUUAUUGAGCAAUUGGCAGACAUCAUCAAAAGGUUGUCCGAGCUGUAUAAUCAGGUGCUAGUGGAAAAUGUUAGAGAAGAAAUCAACAACAUCCAAGACAGAAUCGCUGAUAGCUCACUCUUGAAGAGAGAUCUCGUAUUCUUCGUUUUGGUAGGCUUUUUGUUUUCUACUUCGGAUCACUACCAUUUGAUUGUGACGCCUACAGUCAUUCUCAUGAACGAAAUCUUGUCAACUCUUGUCUACAGCGACGAAGCUACCAUUAACCAGAUUAGUCAAGGAGUGUUUACUGCUGAUAUACUUCUUACUUAUCAGAGAUACUCCAAAAGAUUUGUGCCAGAGAUUGUAAAUUUCUUACAGAAGGCACUCUUGUUGUUGAUUCCUGAGCCCACCAAGAUUGCCCAGGAUGUACGCGGUUCGAUUUUUUCUACUUCUACAAUCUUCAACAGCAAACUUAACAUCUCGAAAUCUGAAAAGUUCUCUACUUUAGAGUCAACUGAAAUGAGCAUUUCCCAGUUAUUUGCUGGAGAUGAAUCCAGUCAAUUCAAGUUUCAAUUGUUGAACAAAAUCAUUGCUUUGAUUGACAAAUCCACUUCGUUGUGGAAGGAGAAAUCUGCCUUGAUUGAAGUUGUAGAGUCGUUUAUUGUCAUCUUGAAGCAUGCAGUCAAGUACUUUGCCACAUCCUUACCUCAAACCACAAAUUUGCUUAACAAGUUGGUCAAGAUUCAGAAUAAUUUGUUAAAGGAAAGAAAACCACUUGCAUUACAACAUCACAGAGCAUUGGCUAUAGCCACGUUUGCACCUAAAUUCGAAGAGAACUUCAACCCGGAUAAGAAGUCCUACGAUGUCAACAGAGAAAGACAGGAGAUGAACAAGAUUCAAAACCAGUUGAAGAAGGAAAGAAAGGCUGCAUUGAAGGAUAUCAGACAAGAAUCAAGAUUUGUGGCCGGACAACAAAUCGAAGAGAAGAAGAGCAUGUACGACGCUUAUCACAAGAAGAUGGCUCAUAUCGUCAAUUCGAUUUCUACUAUAGAAGGUGCCGAGAAGAACGAAUACGAGAAAGAGAAGAAGCAGAGAAAGAACAAGUGAACAUACAAGUGAUAUAGCCUCGCUUAGUUUAGCAUCGUAUGGUCUAGAAUAGCAUCGCUUAAACGAGUGUCGCUUAAUUUAGCAACGUUUAAUUUAGCAACGCAUGAAGCUUGGGGUGGUCUAGAAUUAUAGAAUAGUGUAUUAUAGCAAAAUAUAGGAACCAUGAACUUG